AUGGACAUGGAGCAGGAGCACACUCCUACUGGCAGUACUACGAGAGGGAGAAGGCCCUUUGUGCGGGAACUUAUCUGGAUGGUGGUUUUCAUCUUUGUUAUCUGCAUGGCCAUCAUCAGCAUAGCUUGGCUUGUCAUGAACCCUCAUGACCCUAGUUUUCGGGUGAUGUCACUUUCCGUUACCAACUUCACUGCCUCUGGUUCGCAGCUUAGAGGCAAGUACGAGGUGGAACUAAACAUAGGAAACCAAAACAAGAAAGUCCAAGUGAUUCUCGACCGUUUUGAGGUGUUUGUGUUUUAUUGUGAGGUCAUGCUCUCGGUGGAUGCAGUGCAACAACCGAUAUAUAUAGAGAAAAUGACCAACAAGAGUGUGAAGGUUGAGUUGGGUGUGGUUAGGAAAUCAUCCAAGGUGGUGGUGCCUGAGGGACUAGUUAAGGAAUGGAAUAAAGGGGUGGUGAAUUUUAACUUGAAGAUGGGGUUUAGAGUCAGAUUUGAAGCUGGUAUCUGGCCAAGCAGGGAAAAGUUAUUGAAUGCUUCAUGUGUGGACCUUUAUGUGGAGUUCUCCUCUCCAAAAGACACCGGCAAGCUUUUGGGUAUAGGGAAGGACUGCCACAUAGUUACCAAGAUCACAGCACCCACAUAA